ACUCAUCUCUCACACCUACUAGCUCACCUCUCUUUCUCUCUUUCCCUAACACACCAACUCUCACAACUAAAUUUAAUAACUUGUUUCACACUAUAUAGUAUAUACACUUAGUGUGUCAUAUAUUUAUACGAGAUGAAGAAUAUAGUAUCUUAGGAACCAAUAAUCAUCUUGAUGCAAAAAUGAUCAACAAUAGUAGCCCACAAGAUUGGCCAGAACCAAUAAUAAGAGUUCAAUCUUUAUCCCAAACUUGCAUAGAUUCAAUCCCUCCAAGGUAUAUCAAACCUCUUAAUGAUCGUCCAUCUACAAACUCUCUUUUUGAAUCAACCAAUAUUCCCAUAAUUGAUCUAAGAGGUUUAUAUAGUAUUGACCCAAAUGAAAAAGCUUCAACUUUUAAGAAAAUUUCCGAGGCUUGUAAUGAGUGGGGGUUCUUUCAAAUUGUUAACCAUGGUGUUAGUCAUGAUUUGAUGGAUUUGGCUAAGGAAACUUGGCGUCAAUUUUUUCAUUUGCCUAUGGAGGUUAAGCAAGAGUAUUCAAAUUCACCUAAAACUUAUGAAGGGUAUGGUAGUAGACUUGGUGUUAAGAAAGGUGCUAUUCUUGAUUGGAGUGAUUAUUAUUAUCUUCAUUAUCUUCCUUUGAGUUUGAAGGAUUAUAACAAAUGGCCUUCUCUUCCUCCCUCUUGCAGAGAAGUGUUUGAUGAAUAUGGAAAAGAAUUAGUGAAAUUGUGUGGGAGAUUAAUGAAGGUUCUAUCUAUAAAUCUUGGAUUAGAAGAAGAUUAUCUUCAAAGUGCUUUUGGAGGUGAAGAUAUUGGAGCUUGUAUAAGAGUAAAUUUUUACCCAAAAUGCCCUCAACCAGAGUUAACUCUUGGUUUAUCAUCACACUCAGAUCCAGGGGGGAUGACAAUUUUGUUACCAGAUGAUGAAGUAAAUGGUCUUCAAGUUCGUAAAAAUGAUAAUUGGAUUACAGUGAAACCUCUUCGCAAUGCAUUUAUUGUUAAUAUUGGUGAUCAAAUUCAGGUUCUAAGCAAUGCAAUCUACAAAAGUGUUGAGCAUAGAGUACUCGUAAAUUCACAUAAAGAGAGAGUUUCUUUAGCUUUCUUCUACAAUCCAAAAAGUGACAUACCAAUUGAGCCAGCAAAAGAAUUGGUAAAACCAGAAACACCAGCACUCUACCCUGCUAUGACCUUUGAUGAAUAUAGGCUCUUCAUUAGAAUGAGGGGUCCAUGUGGAAAAUCUCAAGUCGAAUCUUUAAAAUCUCCUAGAUGACACUCUGAUUUUGUUGAAGUUCCAAAGAGUGUAUAUCUAUUUGUGUAAAUCUUGUUGUCAAUUGUAAUAUUUAUAAUGUGUGAAUAAACAAGAGUAUGGUAUAAAUCGUAUAAAUUAAUUAAUCAUUAGUUGUA